UUGAGGCAAGAGUAGACAACUCUCAUCUGACAGCCAAGUUCCGGCAACGAAAAUGGCAACCAACACGUGCAGAACAGCACAGUUACUUCUAAGGAAUACUUACCUGCGGAAACGAUGGUCUAGAUCCUUUUGUGCACAGACCAAGUUAUCAAAUGCUGAAAUCAGGAAGAAAAGAAAUGCAAUAUUUGAUGAAGAAAAAAAGAGGCAACUGUCUCUGAUCAGGCGGAUUGAGAAGAUUCAGGUGGAGUAUGUCGGCCCCCCUGAUGACUGCUCCCUUGUAAUGAACCGAGGCCUCUCCACGCCCUUCAACUGUGCCAUGCAUAUACAGGAACUGCUAAUGACCCGGUCAGCCCUGGCCUUGGUAAAUGGUCAACCGUGGGACAUGCAUCGGCCUCUUGAGGCGGACUGUCAGGUUCAGUUUCUGCACUUCCGUGACGAGGAUCCGCGGAUACUCAACGAUGCUUUCUGGCGGACCUGUUCCUUCAUGCUUGGUCACGUGAUGGAGACAGCCUUUAAGGCCGAUGUAAACGUGGAUCUGGUCAGCUUUCCUAAACCAUCCGUAUCGAGUGGAAGCUUUGUACAUGACAUCAAACUGAGCCUGCAUGACUGGAAACCCACCACAGUCGAACUGAACUGCCUCAGCCGUAUUGCAUACAAACUUCGACUAGAAGACCUCAAGUUUGAACGCCUCGAGGUCGACGCCUCAGUGGCCGAGAGGCUGUUUGAAGACAAUCUGUUCAAGAAAAGUCAAGUACCACAGAUUGCAGCCAAAUCCGACACAGGGACAAAGGUGACCUUGUACAAGAUGGGCGAGCACAUCGACAUGUCUCGGGGGCCACUUAUAUCGAGUACCAGCCACAUCGGGCGGUUCAGUGUCACAGCGAUCCAUUCGGUGGAAUGUCCAGAGCAUGGUCAGCUCCAGCGAGUCCAGGGCGUGGCUCUCCCCACACAGGUCAAGAUGCACCACUGGGCUUAUGACUAUAUCGUCAAGAGAGCAGCACAACCGAACCAAGCUCCCUUGCUUUCCACAUACUCCCUGUCUCAGGACCAAGAUGUGAAAGAAGAUGCAGCAGAGGUGUAGAUGUUGUGGACAAUUCAUGAUACAGCGAAGGCAGCGAUUAUCUGCUGCAGUGAAAUUGUGUUGCAUUUAAUUGGAUUACCUGACGGCAAUGAUGAUGCCAAUUGUGUGACCGUUUGUUGCAGAGGCCGGCCCACUGAUGUAGAGUAUCAAGAUGGUAGAACAUGGACCGUCAUGAAUACAGCACAAACUGAAACCUAUAGGGCCUGUUAGUCUUGCGAGACUCUGCUUCCGGUACUAAGCUGGUUCCCGGCACCCUUUUCGCGUGCCAACUUGUGAUAAGCGAGACACGGCCUAGCUUACUUCCCGGACCAAAUUUCCAGUGACAAGCGAAAUUGCGCGACUGCCAAAUAUGACUUUACUGGACCAAGUGUACAACCAUGCUUUUGAGAGUUGUAAUAGUCAGCUAAUUAGGGGAUGGUUAGAUCGGAAAUUUGUUAUUCCUGCAAGGAUUAUCGGUUCUUUACUGUCAACUGACAACCAUCUGUCGAGAUGCCAGAGAGUCUUGUAGCAGUCUGAUAUUGUGAACCAAACUCAGAUGAUAUAAAGUAAAAUAUUAAAGUGUAUAUAUAAAGUGAAAAUAUAUGGAAAUAUACAACAGCACAUGUAAUUAAAAUCAAAUAUGUAUCUUGUAACAAGUGAAACAAUUAUCACUUACUGUUGGCUUGUGAAGGAUUACUGUUUGAGGAAUCAUGGUGAGAAAAUGACGGAAGAUUUCAUAGCAUUGUCGCAAAAGUAUUGAUGAGUUGUCAUGGUAAUGGUAACAGUUGUGACGUUAACUUACACAAAGCAGCAACGUUGAUAUUGCAACAUUGGAAAUCAUUUACAUUGACAGUCAUACUAUAGACUUUUGUAAAUAUAGUGCCGAUUCGGGAUGAAUAACUGAUUACUGUAAUAAAUAUUAGUGUUUGUUUGAA